GAACUGUUGAUCGCAUGCUUUUGAAAGCGUUUGAAAUUCCAGUAAAUUAGUAGUGAAUCUGAGUGUUGGUCGCAAUCAGUGAUCGGACAGCAUAUCAUGGCAUACAGACCCCCGAAGAGGCCGAAUAGGAAUGCCUUUCCUCCACAACAACAGCAACCAAAGGGAAAGCCAUCGAAGCGAUCGACCUUCAAACGGGCCAACCCUAUCGCAUCGGGAGGUGGCAUCAGAACACCGCCGCUCAGUCAUCGGCCACCCAUUCCCGAAGAUGCAGAGCCUGUGGAACGGGAUCCGAACCGUGGGGUUAGAGCCCAACGAAGUGGUCCGAUGGGCGCACCGGGAGGACAGACGUACGGUGGUCUCGACGAACCGGUGGGCCGCCAGCCGUGGGAUAUCACGGAAGAGGAGAAGCGACGAGACUUGGAUUACGUUCAUCAGGUGUAUCUCAAGAGGCCUCAGUGGUGGAGGGAUGAGAAUCCGGAGCUGCCGGGGGGCGGGUUCCGAGUACCACCCCGUAUGGACGCACCCCUACCCCCGUCUGGAGGCAUAAAAUCCUGUGAUGUCUCUCAACACAACUAUACGGCAUUAGAGAAGAUUUGGUCCCUGGAUAUGAUGCCGUAUUGGGACAAAGACUUCAAUGGAUUGAGUGAUCAUAGGGACCAACUCAUAGCCAAACAGUGUUCACAAAAAAGAGAUGACAUAUCGGAUGACAUCAAACAGAAAAUCGCCGCCGAAAUGAAUAUCAGCGAAACGGCAUUCGUGGCCAACGCCUGGACUAAGGGAACUCCAGUCGAGCCAAACAGGUAUACGUUGCGAUGGUUUACGCCGACAAAUGAGGUGGAGCUAUGCGGACACGCCACUCUUGCCAGCGCUCGGGCUGUCUUUGAUAGGGAGCUCAAGAACUCCACAAACAAUACCAUUAAAUUUGAGACCAAAUACAAAGGACUUCUCGAAGCGGUGGUCAACUCGAGUCUGAAUAUAAUAACACUUAACUUUCCUGUCAAUGAUUGCCAACCACUUGAUACCGGAUCCAACCCAUGGGUUUCGGAUGUGAUUAAACAUACAUUGGGGCCUAACUUGAGUCCGGAUCUCAUUGUAGGGGUCGAGUACUCGUCCGGCACUAAGAAAGUGGUGCUGCGGAUGAAGGAUACGCCGGAAUCUGAUGGUGUUAUCUAUCAAGUGGUUCCCAAUAUCGACGAGCUCUUGAAGAUUGAUUCAAACGGCUUAUGUCGAGGAGUAUGUGUGACCCAGAAGGCAGAAAGUGUGCACUUCUUGUCGCGAUAUUUCUCGCCCUGGAAUGGCAUCGUCGAGGACCCGGUGACCGGCGCUCUGCACACAGCGCUCGCACCCUAUUGGAAGAGGGAGUACAGCAAAAUUGGUGUCCAAUUGAAACAACUCAUUGGUAAGCAGUGCUCCUCCAGAGGAGGUGUCAUUAUUUGCGAGAUAAUCGGAGAUAGGGUUCAGUUGAGUGGUAGUACCACACCUGUCGUCUCAGGAGUCCUAACACUUUAG